CUAAACUACUCCCUGCUACUCACUUGCAUAUAGUGCCAUAUCACUACCUUCCUUCCUCGUGUCGCUGAAAACAAAGUUUAAGUGCAAAUGCUUGUCCAGCUCUGCCCUUUUGCACGCUUUUCUUUUCUCAAUCAAGCAUUGCUGCGUUAUUAAGACGGAACGACGUCAAGUGCGCAAGAGAUGACGCUGUGGAAGCUUGUCCCAACAUCCCUGCUCGCAGCGCAGCUCUGCCAGCAAAAGUUUGGCUCCAGCGCCGAGCUGCUGUUGAAAGUUCCAUUCCGAAUCGGUCGCAAUGUAUCUGGGCCGGACACGCUACGACUUCCAGCCGAACUGACGCAGUUCUCGGGCUCCCACUGCCGCAUCUUCUAUGACCCGAAUGUGGAUCAAUGGCUUGUGGAGGACACCUCCACCAACGGCACCUACGUGGACGACGCCCGCGUGCAGCGCGGCUGCGCCAUGGCCCUCAGCGAGGGCUGCCGCCUGCGGCUGAGCUCGCCGCCGCAAGACGUGGUCGAGUUCGAGUUUGUGCGGGCCGACGUGGAGGACGAGCGCGGCGACAACUACAGCCACUACAGCCGCCCCCAGCCCGCACAGCCGGCCCCACAGCCGCAACCGCAGCCGCAGCCGCAGCACCCGCAACCGCUGCCGCCCCACCUGCAACCGCAACAGCAGCUGCAGCAGUCGCUGCGGCCGCACCCGGGCCCCCACCCCAUCUACGACCUACAGCACGGCGGCGGCGGCGGCGGCGGCGGCGGCGGCGGCGGCGAGCCCCCCGCCACGGCCCACACGGCGCACACGCUGGCGUACGCUCACGUCCACCACACCCACACGCCCGGCCACGCCGGACCCGGCCCAGCCCACCACGCCGCCUACAGUGGCCUCCAGGCGCCCGCUGGUAGCCACGGCGUCGGUGCAGGAGCCGGAGCCGAUGUCAGCGGCGGCAGUGGCGGCGCUGGUGGCGGUGGGGCGCUGCCCGCCCCGACCUCGAACUCUGGCGGCGGGGCGGCGGGCGGCGCGCUGAGCGUGCCGUCCAACCCCUCAGCGGCUGUGACCGGCACCAAGCGCAAGGCCAGCGAGCUGCGGGAGGCCGGCGACGCCGCGCCCAUGACCCGCCGACCCAGCACCGCCACCACCACGGCCGGCGGCGCCACACACUCCUACGGCAUGCACCCGCACAGCGGGACGGCGGGAACCGCGGCGGCGGCCGCCGCCGCAGCCGCGGCGGCUGCAGCGGCUGCAGGCAUGGGCUCCCGGCCCUCGCCCGCGGCGGCUGGGCUGUAUGCAGCCGCUGCUGGUGGCGGUGGUGGUGGCGCUGCUGCUGCCGGCGGCGGUGGUGCUGGCGGCGGCGGCGCGGCGCCGGGCGGCGACGCUAUUACGACGCUGCAGGCGCAGCUGCGGCAGGAGAAGGCCGACAAGGAGGCUCUGAGGCGGCAGCUGGAGGCGGCGCGGCGCGACGCGGACGACUCGGGCCGCGCGCUGCGGGCGCUGCAGGAGGAGCACGCCCGGGCGGCGGAGCGGGCGGCGGCGGAGAAGGCCACGUUGGCCGCGCGGGAGGACAACCUGCGCUCGCUGUCCGCCGCCGCCGAGGCCAAGGCCGAGCUGUUGUCCAGACAGGCCGACACCGCGGCGGAGCAGGCCCGCGCCGAGCUGGCGAAAGCGGAGGUGGGCCGGCGGCAGGCGGAGCGGGAGGCGGGUGAGGCGCGGCGCGAGGCGGAGGCGGCGCGUGAGGAGGCGGAGCGGCUGGGCGCGCAGCUGCGGGAGGAGCGGGCGGAGGGCGCGACGGCGAGGGCGGCGGCGGCGGCCGCGCGGCGGGAGGUGGAGGCGGCGCGGGAGGCGGCGGCGGCGGAGGCGCGGGAGCGCAAGGCGGAGCAGGAGCGCGCCGACCGCCUGGCUCAGCAGGUGGAGGCGGAGCGGGCGUCCACGGCGGCAGUGCGGCGCAUGGUGGAGGCGGCGGAGGCGGAAGCGCGGGGCGCGCGAGCCAACGCGGAGGAGGAGCAGCGCGGCCGGCGGGCCGGCGCGGAGGAGGCGCUGUCGCUUAGGAGCCAGCUGGAGGAGGCGCGGCGGGCGCUGGCGGAGGCGCGCGAGCGGGCUGCCGCGGCGUCCGAGGAGCUGGCGGGCCGGCACGUGCGGCUGCUGGGGCUGGCCAAGAGCCACGCGCAGUCGGAGCAGUUCCUGACGGCCAUGCAGCAGACCGUGGCCGCCUUCUCAGCCAUGCACUCCCACCUCUCCAACCAGUUCGCAGACGCCCUCGCCACAGCCGGAGCCGAUGGAACAAACGUCGGCGCCGCCGCCGCCGCCGCGGCGGCGGCAGCCGCUGCUGCCGCGGCGGACGCCGCCCGCGACGGCGGAGCCGGCGGCGACCUGGCGGCGGCAGCGGCCGCCGCCGCCGCCGCCGCGGCGGCGGCGGGGCAGCACGGCACACAGCUGCUGGCGUCGCUGCAGCCGUCACAGCGGGGGCUUGGCUUGGGCUUGAGCAUGGGCGGGCUGGGGAUGGGGAUGGGUGGUGGCGGAGGCGGAGGCGUGCUGGUGGGCACGCAGGCGGCGGCCGCGGCGGCGGCGGCUGAGGCGCUGCAGCUGCCGGCGACCUGCAGUGAUGAGCGCACCGGCGUGUUGGCACUGGCCGACCAGCCCUCCGCGCUGCGCCAGGCACUGCUGGCCGCCACCACCGGUGGGGCACUGGCGCCCUCGCAGCAGCAGUUACAGCACCAGCUACAGCCGUCGCAGCUGCUGCCGGGAAGCCUGGCGCCGACGCCCCACCACCACGCCCAGCACCACCACGCGCUGUUGCUGCUGCACGCCUCCCAGCUGGCCGCCUAUCCCACGCCCACACCCACGCCCGGAACCACGCCAGGGCCCCUGGCGACGCUGGCCCUUACCGCCCCCGGUGGCGCUGGGGCGGGCGGCGGCGUGGCUGCUACUGCCGGCGGCGCCACCCCCGGUCUCACCCAGCAGCUACAGCUCAUGUCGCAGCAGCAGCUGCAGCAGCAGCUGCAGCGGGCGACGCCGGCCGGGGCCGUGGGCCGCAGCGAUGCCUCGCUGGCGCCCUCUCAGCAGCACCACCACCAACAGCAGUACCAACAGCAGCAGCAGCAGUACCAUCAGCAGCAGCAGCACCCGGGAACCGCCGCCGCCGCCGCCGCCGCCGCCGCCGCCGGCUCUGCCAGCACCGCCCCCGCGGGCACGCAGCCCAGCAGCCACCCGCAGUUCACGCCGCCCGGCCCCGCAUCCCUGACAGCACCGCCUCCGCCUCCGCCGCCACCGCCACCGGGGUCGGCGCCGCUGGCGCCCUCACAGCAGCUGCAGCUGCCACCCGGCAGCCGGCCCCCCUCGGCACGAGGCAGCCAGCCGCCGCCGCCGCCGCCGCCGCCACUGCUGGCCGUGACGCCGCCGCCGCCGCCGCCUGUGCUGGCGGCGGCGCUGUCCGGGAGCCAGCCGCGCUCGCAGCCGCAGCAGCGGCACCCGGCAGGCGCAGCACUGCGGGCCGCCGCCGCCGCCGCAGCCGCCCAGCGCGAGUUUGGCGGCGGCGCCGUUGACGGCGCCGCCACCCCCAGCCCCGCUGGCGCCGGAGGUGCCGGCGUCGGCGGUACUUCCGCCGAAGGCGCCGGGGGCGGCGCCGCCAGCGCCGAAGCCGCCGCUGCUGCGGAUGACACCACCUCGCCUACCACUGCGCCUGUGGCGGGCGGCAUUGGUGGCGGCGGCCCGGGUGCCAGCGGCAGCAGCCAGCACACUGCCACGGCGGUGCCGGCCGCCACUCGCGGCGCCUUCAGCCCGCCUGUGGAGCGGCAGGACGACAACAUGGACGUGGACGACCCCCGGGGCGUGCAGAAGCGGCUGCAGGAGGAGGGGGAGGAGGGGGAGGAGGCGGGGCAGCAGCAGCAGCAGCUGCAGCAGCCCCAGCUUGAGGCAGGCUGGGAGGCGGGCGAGGCGCGGGCCGCCGAGGGCGGCGCGCCACACGGCGGCGACGACGGUGCCGGCGGCGGCGGCGGCGACGGCGGCGGCGCGCUGGAGGAAGCCGGUGGUUAUCCGGAGGGCCCAGCGGAGAUGGACGAAGAGGAGGAGGAGGAGGCGGGCGAGGGUCACACCAGUCGUGAGGUCACGCAUGUAGGCACGCACGACGGGCGCGAGCAGGGGCUGCUGGAGCCGGCGGCGUACGGCGCAGACACAGCUGAGGCGCACCUGCGGCCGCCGGGUGUGACCGCAACCGCAUCCCAGCAGCAGUGGUUGCUGCUCGUGCAGCAGCAGCCGCAACAGCAGACACACAUGCAGGUGCAGCAGCACUUCCAUCAGCAGCAGCAGGUGCAGCAGCAACAGCAGCCCGGCCGCUCCCCCAUGCCUGGGGGGUCGCAGCAGAACGGCCUCUUCGCACAACAGCAACAGCAGCAGCAGCAGCCCCGCUCGCAGCCCCGCUCGCAGCCGCACUCGCAGCCGCACUCGCAGCAGCUGCUGCAGCAGGAGCACACGAUGCAGCUGCACCCGCAGACGUACUCCCAGCAGCAGCAGCAGAUGCAGCAGCAGCAGCAGAUACAGCAACUCGUGCGUGCAGGUCUGGGGUCCGUCUCGCCGGCGGCGGGCUCGCCGGGGCGGGCGUCGCCCGGCCAGCUCCUCACCGCGGCGGCGACAGCAGCGGCGGCGGCAGCUGCUGCCGCCGCACCUGUGCCCCUCGGCUCCGCCCCGCCCGGCACCAGGGCGGGGCCCCAACCCGCGACGCCGCGGGGGCUGUUCAGCCGCCACCUCGCCGCCACCCCGGGAAGCAAGCAACCGCAGCAUCAGCAGCAGCAGGCGCAGAGCCCGCGCGGCGUCUACUACACGCCGUCCGGCGCCUUGGCGGGCGCCGCCAUUGCCAACACGCCGCACUCGCACCAGCAGCAGCUGCAGAACCAGCAGCACCAGCACCAGCAGCAGGCGCUGCAGCUGCAGCUGAUGCAGGCGCAGGCGCACGUGGCGCCGGGCGCGAUGGAGGUGGAGCGGCAGGACGGCGCGGGCAGCGCCACUCGGGUGGUGGGCGCUGCUGCGGUUGUGGUUGCUGGCGGCGGCUCGCAGCAGCGGCAGUACCAGCAGUCGUACCAGCAGCCGUACCAGCAGCCGUACCAGCAAGGCAGGUCACACUCCUCGUCCCCGUCGCAGCGCUCCUCUCAGCAGCUGCAGCAGCAGCAGCAAGCCUACCCGCAGCAGCGGCAGGGAUCGCAGCAGCAUUUGGGCUCCCCCGCCAGCGGGUACGGCGGCACCGGUAGCCAGCAGCAGCGGCAGCAGCAGCACAGCGGCGCAAUGAGCGGCGGCGCCGGUGGCGGCGGCAGGAGUGCGGGUGGCGGCGGCGGCGGCAGUAGCCAGCAGCAGCAGCACCAGCAGUUUGUGCUGCUGCCGCGCAGCUUCGCCGAGGGCCAGAGGGACAGUCUGGCGCCGCCGCUGAGCGGUGCGCCCAGUGGUGGCGGCGGCCCUGGCGGCGGCGGUGGCGUCGGCGGUGGCCUUGGCGGCACUGGCAGCGGCGGAGCGGACCAUGUCUAUGGCGCGAGCGGUGGCGGCGGCGGUGAUGGCUACGGCGGUGGCACCGGGUGCGGUGCGGAGGGGGGAGAUGGUGGCGGGGCGGGCAUGGGUGGAGUGGAGGGCGGGUAUGUGGAGCUGGCGGGCACGGGGGGUGGUGGCUGCCUGCAUCCCCCGCCUGCGGGUUCGUAUGGCGAGGGGGAGGAGGGCGAGGGCGAGGGCGAGGAGGCUGGGCUGCUGCGGCAGGCUGUUGCUGAUGCGGCGGCGGCAGGGGAUGGCGGCGACGGCUGUGCGGGGGAGGGGGAGCGCGGCAUGGAGUGGCGGUGACUGACGACGGGCAUCCGGUAGUCGUGGGGGACAUACACGCAGCUGUUGGUGGUGGUGUUGGAAUUGAGACCCCGCACGGCCGCACGGUCUGAAGCAAGGUGCGGUGCCGCCAGCGUCGGUUGAGUGUGGCGGUGUUGUGACCGGUAUGCGAGGGGACCUUUUGGACAAGUGUAGAGGCCUUGCAUAGAACUGCAGUGUGGGCCUUCGGCGAUCCCGUUGGGAGUGACUGGGUGAUGAUGGUGAGCCUUCCUUUAUGUAGCGCUCACGCACCUGCGUGUGUGCCAGACUGGUUGUGGCGUCCCCACGCUGGAGUCCGUGAUAGUGGUGCCGUGUGUAACCUUGUGAGGGAGGGGGCAUGCGCCCAAACCCGAUGACUUGUCAAUUCUUGAUGUAGGCCGAAGGAAACCUACCGCAGUAGCGCCGAGCGUGGCUCUUACCAUUGUGAUUCAUACCAGGCUGUGGUGUGCCCUGUAAAUACGGUACAACCGACAUUUCGCCGACGUGCGCCGACGCCGGCGCUAAGGCCGGUCUUGCCAAUGCACACUUGAGUCUCGAUGAGUUCGAGUGUCGGUAUCUCGGUACUACUAGCGACCUCUUCUGGUUCUGGCGUCAUGUGCAUUCGCAUUCGCGUCCGGUAGCAGGUCUACACACAGUGGGGCAGUAGGGUGCUGGGCAGAGGCCAGAGGUGGACGGCGGAACAUACCUCACGCCACGCCAUGCUGAUCGUGCUGCCGCGAACAGGUGCAAGCCGAUUUCAUGGGCGUGUGAUUGGGACAGGGUUCAAGGCAGGUUGGUGAGGUCCCGUAGGGUGCAGCCGAUGCCCAGACCCGUAAGCAGACAGCAAACAGUUUGCAGGGGCAGAGCAGAAGCGCAUGGCUGGUCGAACGCCGGCGUUACUGUACCGACAAGUUGCUGGCUGGCUGGAAGUUUGAUUUCAUGGGCGGGCGUUACGGUGUCACUGUACCAACGAACGUCGUGGAAGCUGGUGUGCGCGUUGGGGGCAGUUUGUGCCAGAUGGCACUAACCGGGCACUGAAGAGCUGCUGCGCAGGGCCUGGUAGGGCUGAUCAUUACUUACCGUGGCUCCGGGCUGUGGCGAACUGAACUGGUGGUUCACCUGGGGGGGCGACUGUUCGAGUGGGCUGGGGUCUGGAGACAUUGCUCGCAGCAGCAGAGCACACUGCACAACACAAUAACGUCAUCGCGACCAGAAGGA